AUGACUGAAGAAAUCACUAAACAAGCACAAGAGCUCAAAAUCAAAGAAGUUGAAGCUGCUAAAGCUGCUGAAGCAGAACAAGUUGUCACACCAUGGGAAGUUGAAGGUGCAGUUGUUGAUGGUCAAGCACAAGUUAUUAAUUAUGAUAAAUUAAUUAAACAAUUUGGUACAAAGCCAAUGACUCAAGAAACAUUAGAUAGAUUCACAACAGUUACAGGUCAUGAACCACAUCAUUUCUUGAGAAAGGGAUAUUUUUUCUCAGAACGUGAUUUUAAUAAAAUUUUAGAUCUUUAUGAACAUGGUGAACCUUUUUUCCUUUAUACUGGACGUGGACCAAGUAGUGGAUGUAUGCAUUUAGGUCAUUUAGUUCCAUUUUUGUUUACUAAAUGGUUACAAGAUGUUUUUGAUGUUCCUUUAGUUAUUGAAUUAACAGAUGAUGAAAAAUUUUUAUUUAAACCAAAAUUAACAAUUGAAGAUGUUAAAGGAUUUGCCAAGGAUAAUGCUAAAGAUAUUAUAAGUUGUGGAUUUGAUAGAGAAAGAACUUUUAUUUUCAGUGAUUUAGAUUAUAUGAAUGGUGCACUUUAUGAAAAUGUUGUUAGAACUUCAAGACAAAUUACAACAAGUACAGCAAAAGCAGUUUUUGGAUUUCAAGAUUCAGAUUGUAUUGGUAAAGUUCAUUUUGCUUCAAUUCAAAUUGCUACUGCAUUCCCUUCAUCAUUUCCAGAUGUUCUUGGAUUACCACCUAAAACCCCAUGUUUAAUUCCAUGUGCAAUUGAUCAAGAUCCAUAUUUUAGAGUUUGUCGUGAUGUUGCAGAAAAAUUAAAAUUUGCUAAACCAUCAUUAAUUCAUUCUAAAUUUUUCCCUGCAUUACAAGGUUCUACCACUAAAAUGAGUGCAAGUGAUGAUACAAGUGCAAUUUUCUUAGAUGAUACACCAAAGAAAAUUGCUAAAAAAAUUAAUAAAUAUGCAUUUAGUGGUGGUAAAGUAUCAGUUGAAGAACAUCGUAAAUUUGGUGGUGAUCCAGAUGUUGAUGUUGCAUAUCAAUAUUUAAGUUUUUUCUUGGAUGAUGAUGAUAAAUUAAAACAAGUUUAUGAUGAUUAUAAAAAAGGUGAAAUUUUAAGUGGUGAAUUGAAAAAAUUAGCAAUUGAUGAAAUUACUAAAUUUGUUGUUGAAUUCCAAGAAAGAAGAAAUAAAAUUGAUGAAGAAGUUUUAGAUUCAUUUAUGAAACCACAUAAAUUAACUUGUGGUACAAAAGAAAGAAAAAUUCCUGCAAAACAAAGAGAAAAAAAGGAAAAGAAAUCAAAGAAAUAG